AUGACACAUCCAAACUUUGCUGGUCAACAUGCGUGUCUUUGGGACUAUGGGUUAGCAUGCGAUGGCACCCAAUGGCCUCCAGGAUUCAAUACAUCAGAUACGCCUCGGCCCAAGCUGGGAGAUGUUCCCUACGGAACGAAGAUCUUUAAUUGCAAAGUGGAGAAUACGCUUGCCCUCACAUACGAUGAUGGUCCCCGGGAGUGGACAGCAGAUUUGCUGGACAUCCUGAAGGCCAACGGCGUCAAAGCGACGUUCUAUAUCAGAACAAUUAACCUGUACUGGGAGCUGAUAGCCCAUAAGUUCGACGAGAGGUCUGCGCUUAUUAGAAGAAUAUACAAGGAAGGACACCAGAUUGCAGGGCAUACCUGGGGCCACAAGGACUUGGACAAGAUGACUCCGCACCAACGCAGAGACGAACAGAUAAAAGCAGAGAUUGUUCUCAACGACAUCCUAGGAUUUUUCCCGACCUACAUGCGCCCGCCCUUCAACAUCUGCGGCCCUGAAUGCCAGGCCGAAAUGGGAGAGCUCGGCUACCAUGUGACUGCAGCCGACCUUGAUGGACGAGACUGGGCAGGUAAUUACACCUAUACGGAAGAGAAUUUCAUGGAGAAGAUCAAGGGCAAGAACCGUAACGGGGUUCGGGCCUGGUUGGGCCUGGCGCACGACACCCACGAAGCAACCAUGUCUCGCACCGCCAUACCACGUGCCGCACUACGUCUCAGCUCAAGAAGCCCGUUAUGCACAUCUUCGAGGUCAAUUGAGGCGCCGAGCCGCAGUCUGCCUCUCCUGCGCCCAACACCACAAUGCUCGUCCCACGCCACCCGGAGCUUCUCUAUAAGCACACAAUUGCAGAAGAAGGCCGGUAAAGCGAACAAAGCCCACGCGCGAACCGACUCCGCACCUCCCGUCAGCAACCCGGGCCCAUUGACACCUACCGACGAAGCCUACGAUGUCUCAGGCCUGGAGGCACAGAUCCUCAAGGCUCUGGAGAAGCUUACGCAUGACCUCAGCCAAUUGCGCAGUGGAGGAAAGACGAACCCUGAGAUCGUGGAGAACUUAAAAGUGCAACUGGGCACGGCAGGAAACAAAGAGACGGUGAGACUGGGGGAUAUCGCACAGGUUGUUCCCAGAGGGAGAAUGUUCAAUGUCAUUUGCGGGGAAGACACGCAUGUCAAGCACGUCACAAGCGCCAUUGCCGCCUCACCGCACUCGCUCACGCCUCUCACGCCCGAACCUUCGAACCCACUCACCAUCCAAGUACCGCUCCCACCGCCAACGGGAGAAUCGCGUCGCGCAGCCGUCGAGUCGGCCGUCAAGGCUUCUGAGCGAGCAGACAAGCUGAUACAGCAAGGACGCCAGGAACACAACAAGAAGUUGAGGAAGUUCGAGCUGAAUCGCGAUGUGCUACCGGAUGACCUUCAGAAGGCGAAGAAGAAGAUGGAGGAGGUGGUGAAGAAGGGACACGAGGAGGUUAAGCGCAUCAGCGAUGGCGCGAAGAGGGUGCUUGAGAGGUUUCAAUUGGACGAUGUAGCAGCCGGCAUCAACACGAGCAAUGCGAGCGGCUCAGCCUCCACAACAGUGCUUGGCGCGACACCCGCGCAUCAUCUGGGCACUACAAUCAAUACAACGUCCACAACCCGGGCUGAAGGUGUUGUGGUCACUCGCCUGCCUAUGGAAGACGACCUCGAACUACCACCUAGCACCGAUGCGAAGUCGAUCUUCCACAUCUACGAGAAGCACAAGUGUCAUAAAGGCAUUACACCAGUCCUCGAUCCUACUCUUGAACGACGGUCUGGCCCAACGAUCAAAGAACAGAAGACUACACGCAAGAAGGAGAGAGAGCGUCAAGACGCUGGACUACCUAGUGUAGAACCAGACGAUAAUGCUUUCUUCCUUCACCGACCAUACCUCGCCUUCCACGUACCGCCUCACGUAAUUUACACUGGCAGCAGUAAUUACACCGCGCAGCCAGCUAUCCUGAUACAAGAAGGUUGUUUCUGGAAAGAGUAUAAACUCCAACUCCUCCCAUCCACCCCCGGCAUACUCGACCCACGCGGUGUGGUACCAUGGCGCCACAACGCUGUAGACAAGAACGCCCUCAAGCACGAUCACCAUAAGCUCAAAGGGUACAAAGUGCGGACGUGGAGGUUGUGGGGUGAGACGGGCAAGGAAUACGUUCAUUCCGUGAAAGAAAUCCGCAAGACUGGCGAAGGAAGAGAUCCCGAUAUGAUUACGACGACGGAUGGCAAGUUAGAAGAACCUGCGACGGCCGAAGAAGUGGUGUAUCUGCGUUGGAAGAGCCCUCUUUCUCGUAACACGAGAUGCUAUCAUUUCCAGUAUGUCGGUAUUGACUUUUUCUGGAAAGGAACAGGUACUAUCAAGGAAUCUCGUACGUGUGGUGUCUUGUUGCGAUUUAACCAUCUGAAGCUAGUCGCCAGGCUACCAGUCACUGAAAAGAAGAAAGAGGAGCGAGAUGAGGUGUGUUUGGGAGUAUACACGUCGUCUGUUGCGAGUAGAAAGAGUGGUGCUUUGAAGUUAUUCGAUGUUGUUAUCUUGCGUCUCAUCAAUGAAAACGCGCCCCAGAUGCUACUUCGAAGUGAGGAAGGGGCGGAAGAAGAAGAGGCGGAAAGGCCUCUGAGGCGAUACGGGCAGACGGCAACACAGCGCAAAGACGAGGAUGACGGGAAACAGGAGCUGGAAGACGCAGGAAACAAUGGUCAUGGACCAGACGCGGAGGCCGAAAAGGAGGAAGGCGCAUUCACGCGACGCAUGCGAGAAAUGAGUGAAGACGCGCUGGAAUCGGGAGGGCAUGGCGCCGUCAAAGCUGUGGAAGAGGCAGGCUUCAGUGCAGACCUCAAGGCACAGCUCGAACAGCGAAUCGCAUCUGCAAACCUCCGGUCGUCUGAAGCAGAGCUGCCCGCCUUCGCCUCCCGCCACACACGCGAGCUUGCCACAACAGAAGCCUGGACCGGCACCGAGUCCAUCCACGAUGCGAGCCUGCGCAUGCUGAACGACGCCCAUAAGCCGCUGCGACUCGGGCGACCAGCCAAGAUGCCAGGCGUUCCUAUACCCCAGUCCAUUGAUACCGGACAUGCUCGGAGCAAGGAGGGGCGGGGCGUGAGAUUGGCCAACGCACGCGACAGGAGCACCGUCUACGCUUCCAUCAACGAAGACGAAAGUAUAGAGGCUUUCGACCGAGAGAAGCGAUUGCAAGACCUCAAAGACCGCUUCGAACCAGGGGCGCGUACCAUCGUCCCUGGCUCUAUCCAAGGGAUCGCAUCUCUUGCGAAUAAAAGGAUUGAAGAUGCCAUCGCUCGUGGCCAGUUCAAGAACAUCCCGCGCGGAAAAAAGGCCAACAUCGAAAGAGACUACAACGCAUCGAGCCCCUUCAUCGACACGACCGAAUACUUCAUGAACAAGAUUAUACAAAAGCAAGAGAUUGUACCGCCGUGGAUCGAAAAGCAGCAGGAGCUCACGUCGGCUGCAAGCAAGUUCAGAACUCGACUACGGGCGGACUGGAAGAGGCAUGCUGCGCGCGUGAUAGCCAGCAAGGGCGGAUCGCUACUCGACCAGAUCAAGACAGCUGAGGCAUUCGCAAAGGCAGAGCUGAUUGCAAACCCUCUGAGAAGGAAACAACAAGAGACCCUCACCACUGUUGACGAUGACGGGCACAUGUCACAAAUUACCUUGUCAGGAGGGUUGAAGGUAGACUCAGGCGAAGGGUCCAACGCGGAGCCAGUAGUCACGGAAGAAGUCGUAGCAACGAAGGUUACGUUUGAUGCCUCCCCAGAAGCUGUAGCGCAGGACCCAGCAGCAGCUACCGUAACAGAAACAACCACGGAAACCAUGGAAGUACCUGUUCAAGCUCCCGAACCAACAGUCGCACCAGCACCGUACCCUUUCCGCGACCCAGAUUGGGAGCGUAUCGAAGGCGGCUACUGGAAAGUCGCCAUCAAGGACCUCAAUGACAAGGCGCGCAGCUACAACCUCCUCGCACCCGAGCUAGCUAAACGACCCUACUAUAAUCUGCAGCGCGAGCUGAACUCCUGCUUCGCCGACGUCGCGCCCCAACUCGCCGGGGCCAUCCUCGAACGCGCACGCAAACCGCCCAAGAAAGCAGAUAGUUGGCAGAGCUCUGGCCAGAAGAGCGUGCUCGACAACAUCAUUGGAGGGCCAGUCCGCGUACGAGAUGAACGCCGCGAGAAGCAGUAUGGGUUCCGCCAAUUUUGGAAAGACCUCUGGGCCGACAAGUCCAGCAACCCUUAUUGA